AUGCCGUCCGAUCUAGCCCUGCGGCCGGCGCGGGAGCGACUAGCUGCCCUUUUCCAGUCAGUGCUGGGCUCCUUCCGCCGCGGCAACCACGAGGGCUCUGACGACGACGACGAUGACGAGGAGGAGGAUGACGAUGUCAUUGAUGCAGCUGCGGAGGAUUCGAGUGACGAUGAUGAAAUUGGUGAAGACGACGACGAUGAUAUCACCUCCGUCUCCUCUUCAUCCCUAUCGUCCUCUAGUGAGGAGUCGUUAUCCGUGCCCGUUCUGCCAGAUCCACCGCGUAGGACGCACUCUGGCGGUGCCCGGCGACGGUCGCGACGUACAAAAUCCAAGUUACUACCGGCCUUACCCUCGUUUGCCAACUCCGGAUUACAAAAAUACGGACCCAGACUCGGUCUUCACCCGAACACCAGGAAUGCGACCGGCACCGCACAAGGAAGACCCGCCACGCUCAACAUCACCGACCUCCCCACCGAGCUCCAAGUCCUCAUCAUUAGCGAGCUCGACUUCGCCGACAUCCAACAACUCCGCCUCGCCAACCACUUCUACCACUCUCUCAUCACCAAGUCCCUCCUCAAGGACAUCUACGGCGCCACCCUCGAGGGCGUUAUCCUUUCCCACUGCCACCUCUGCCUGCGCCGCGACCCGGCUCGAAACGCCCUCCUCUACGCCGACAUUACCCACCCCAAGUAUCCCUUUUGCAGCCGCUGCGUCGACUGCGCCGUGCGCCGCAACGAGCUAGUCCCCGGCUGUCGCGUUUCCAUGGGUAAUUUUAGGAGCGCCUGGAUCUCCGUCGUCAUAUCGGGCAUACCUCUCAUCAUCAUUAACCUCCGACGGCCCAUGACAGACCGAACAUAUGGCUGGUCUCUCAUGCUCGAAUUCUUCCUCCUCAGUCUCUGGAUCCUGCCAACCUACGCGAUAGGCAGAAUCGUCGCCUCUCCAGGCUUUACCAUGACCAAAGCAACCAUCGCGACCCUCAUCUUCUGCGCCCUUAACCUCAUCUUCCGCCUCUUCAACACCCUCGGCAACCUCAUCCUCCUCUCCGAAUUCAAAUUCUGGCGCCGCAAGAAACCAGACCUGCCCCUCCCCCACCGCCUCUUCAACUUCUUCGUCGUCGCCCUCGUCUUCUGGACCUACCCCCGCGCCGUCGAGCAGUCGUAUCCACCCUUGCGGCCCCGGUCGUCCGGUUCGAAGUAG